UAAGCCUACAAUACCAUCACUAAUUAAUGUCAAAAACAAAAAUUAUUUUGCGUUUCCGAGGCAAUCUGUUUAUUUUUUGAAAUGGCCGAUCCCAACGUACCCAGAGGAGCUUUAAGUUUGCAGAAUGUGCUGAAGUAUACGGUGCAACACCACGAUCCAAAUCCAAAUGCGGAGAUUCCAAAGUUGGACGAAACAGCAGAUGUUGAGAGAACUCAAUUUUUAGCCAAUGCCCUAAGUGCCAUGACAGUGGAUGCUGUGGCGGUUAUGAAAGAAGCUUUGUUCAUAUUGGACAGUCCUCAGGCCAGCACAGACGACCAGAUCGAAAGCCUAGACGUCAUAAGGAGCCACAUCGACGACAUCGAUAAUGCCAUAUCCCUGGUGAAGCUGGGCGGAACAGCAACUUUACUUCGCUAUAUAACAACUGGUGUGGAUAACGAAAUACGAUCCGCGGCCCUGAACACGGUUGCCGAGGUGGCGCAAAACAAUGUGUUUUGCCAGAACGCCCUCGUAAACGAUAAAUUCCUGCCUGUUCUUCUAAAGAAUUUGAGCGAUGCCGAUCAAAACAUAGUACGAUGUUCUUUGUAUGCGAUAUCAACGCUGAUACGAAACUUUGAGCCUGGAUACCUUGAGUUUAAGCGAAUACAGGGUAUCAGUGCUUUGAUAACCUGCUUAAAAAUUGCAAAUGUAAACGUCUACGUAAAAGCUGCGUUCCUUAUUGCAUCCUUAAGCUCAGCCGACCAAUCUGUCAAAGAUGAUUUUCUUAAAGAAGACGUAUUUCCGGUGCUAGUGGACAACCUUAAACCCGUUGAGGACUUUGAUAUCAAAAUAGAAACCACUCUUUUCGCACUAUCAUCACUUUCGCUGGAAUCAGACUUAAAACUUUCUACCGACAAACGCGAGGAAAUACUGUCUACUCUCCAACAAAUCAUUUCCAAAAACAAACAGUCCGAAAAUUGUGAAGACAUGGUUACAUAUGCGAGAAUUAUUGUGGACAACUUAAAUGCACGUUAAGGGCUAAAUCAAUUCAGUUUUUCACGUAAAAUGAAAACACAUUGCUGUGUUUUUAAUUUUGUAACAAUUUAUUGUUUUCAAUUUGUCAGUUAUGUCGGCAAUGUGUCAAAAUCUUCUGCAACUGAAACGAUCGGAACGUGUUCCAUAUUAACAUCAAUCGGAUUGUCGCAGAGCCUAUUUCGUUUCGCAAAUAAUUUCCAAUCCAUGAUCUGAACGGCUUGCAGACUUUCGGCCUCGUUUUUAUGCCGCAACACCAUGGAUUCCUGAAAGAGCAAUAUGAAUAAAUAAUCGCAAAGGAAAUGUACUAAGAAGGUAAA